AUGUCGCUCUUCCAGGUGCGCGAGUGGUGGACCGCCAAGGGCGAGCGCGACGAGGAGUACACGCCCGGGGCGCUGGUGGUGGGCAAUGUGGACAACGACGCCUCCGGACACGCCAAGAUCGUGACGGGCAGCUUGAACGGCGUGCUGCGGGUGUAUUGCCCCACUCAGAGCGACUUCCGCAUCGAGCACUUGCUGCUGGAGGAGAAUUUACGUCGCCCCAUCCUGCAGCUGGCACUGGGCUACUUCAUCCCCAACCAGCGCGUCUUGGCGUUGGCUAUUCUACAGCCGAGACGUAUCGGCGUCUAUGUGGUGGAGGGCAUGGGCGGGGCGGGCAUGGCAGCCAGCUACUUCAAGAUCACGCUGCGGUACGAGCACUUGCUCGGCAUCGACGGCGAGCACUUCACAGCCUACAACUUCAUCUACGGACCAUUUGGGUCGUCAACCUCCAACUCGGGAGGAGGCUCACCGGUGCGGUCAGAGCGGGAUCAUCUGUGCGUGCAGUCGCUGGACGGACGCCUUCAGUUCUUCGAGCAGGACCGGUUCGCGUUCCUGCAGCCCCUCAACAACAACUUCCUGCCUGGCGCGAUAUGCUACGCCUCUGGCAUGGAUGCGGUGAUCGCUGCUACAUCGGACUUGCAGCUGGAGUGCUAUCGUUACCAGGUGCUGGCAUCAGCGUCGCUCAAAAAGAAGAGAAGUGCGUUGGACGAAGACAGCAAAGAGGACAAACAGCACGACGCGGCGUCGGCAUUGGUGCAUUGCGACUGGAAGAUAAAUAUUGGCGAAGUGAUCGUGGACAUUCGCGUGGCGCGCGCUUCGUAUCAGGAAUCGGCCUCGAGCUUUGACAUUUUGGUGCUUGGAGAAUUCACACUGUUUGGCAUCAAGCCUCAGGGAGAAGUUUAUCUGCAGAAGCGAUUGGGUUUUCACCCGUCAGCGUUUAUUCCGUUUCGACGAUGGGCAGCGCCCACAGAGCGAGGAACGCCGGGAACUACCGCCUUGGACAACCUUCUUGUGGCCAGCCACUCGAAACUCUGGUCGGUCUUCAAGGACAAGACGCUCAUUUGGUCUGCGUGCGCAUCAACGGUGCCCGUGGCUUUGCAAGUUGCCGAGUUUGGUGGAAUUGAGGGAAUGAUCGUAAGUCUCGACUCUGAUGGAGCGCUUAGCGUGAAUUACAUGGGCACUGACCCACCGUCCUCCGCCGUGGUGGCCCCAGAUACGAAAGAAAUCAAUUAUGAGGAGAUGGAUGAGGAGCACCGGCAGCUGCUCAACGUUAUUCGCCGGUCCCAGGGAGAGCGACGAACGGAGCCGAAGGACCGCGUGUUGAUUCGAGCUCAGGUUCCUGCGAUUCUGGAUGCGCUGCCAGAUCGGAGUGAUGAGUUCAAUCGAGGGGGUGGGAACACGGGACAAGACUCUACAGGCAAGAACACACAACUCACAAUGCGCGUAUACGUCACGUACACGGGGGCCACGCGAGUAUCGAAUGUGACGCUAUCCGUAUCAACUCCCGAGAACGUUCUUGCAAGCGAUUCCUCCUUCGUGAUCGGGAGCAUUGACGGCAAGGCGUCCACACCGCUGAUCAUCCCAGUUGUAUUGCGUCCCAGCACUCUAGCCAUGCCCACGUCGCUCUCCGUAACCAUUUCAGCGUCUUACACGCUGGAAACAGGACAACCACGCGUCUCCCAGUGCGUUGUCAAGUUGCCGAUGUGCAUGGCGUGCCGCCUUGUGCCUCCCGUGAAGUCCAGCACCUUCAAAUUCACGCUCGAGACCAACCAAGAGCCGCUGGAGCUCGCGAAUUUGUUUGAAGACAUGCUGCAUCAGCCAAGUUGCACACCUGAAUGGGCCAAACAGGUCGUGGCAGGAGGUUCUGGCACAAAUGUGCUGAGCUUCCAAUACUACAACGGCGUAGAAGCCACGAUCCUCGUCUCGAAGAACGCAGGCCGAUACCGCAUCCAGUCCAAUGAGCUCGAGGCGCUCUGGAUGGUAUCACAGGAGCUCGUCUCUCGCCUUCGAGCAUUCUUUGACAGCCGAGAGCAGAAUGCAGAAGCAAAGGGCAGCGAUGCUGGCGCGUCCACGUCCGCACUAGAGGUGUUUUACCAGGAGCCACUGCCGCUCGCGGAUUUCUUCGGCGCUAUUGACGCGCACUUCGCGCUACGGAAGGAAAAGCUCGAGCUCGCUGCGCAGCUGAACGACCGGGCCCACCAGUUCCGCGUCAUCCAGAAGCGUUUACUGGUGCGCUACAAGGACCGCAGCCCCGCAGCAGUGAACUUUUUGGACGUGCUGCUCCACGGAACAUAUGACCAGCUCAUCUCGUUGUCGCACGCCAUGGAGGCCGUGGAAGCCAAGCUGAAACGCGCCGCAAACCGGUUGUCGUGCUGCGUGGCGCUGAUCUUGAUGCUAAUUCGGUUCCGCUUCCACAUGAGCGACGAAGACGCGCGGCUCCUGGAGGCCAACCUUUCGCCCGUCGUGAACGAGACGGCCGACAGCGGGGCGGUGGAGCAGGGCUGGGAGGAGCGGACCGACUGCGCCAUGACAGAGCUGCUGCGCACGGUGUUAGCCAAGCAGCCUCAGAACAAGGAAGGAGCUGGCGCAACGCUCGCUACGAGCGAGCUGCAGAUGCAGGAAGACACCAAGCGGCUCAAGAAGCACAUCACGAUCGUGUGCGACCGUCUCGGCAAGGGCGCGUCGCUCGUCCCCGGCAGCAACAGCAACAACACAGGCGGCUCAGCACCCGCUCCAAGCGAGUCCAAGGGCGACUAA